CAAGACCACAGAGAUUUGACUUCUCAGUUUCCUGUGAGGACAACUCCUCAUGGCUUGAGAGGAGGGGCCCACUAGUCCUCAGACUUGUGAGGAGGUGAAAGGAAGCCUAGUUUGGGUUCAGUCUCAGAGAACCGGCACUUAACACUGAGGAUAUUCUGAACCCUGAAUACUGAGCUGACAUGGGCAAAUCCUCCCAUACACAGGAAGUGUGUGUGUCGGUAAAUCAGAGAAGUUGUCAUGACCUGUGACCCAUAGCAGCCCACUAGAAGAGGUCUGAAUAAAGAGAACCUUGCCCUCAAAAAAAUAAAUAAAUACUGCUCAUGCUGCUGAGACAGGUAGGUUCUGGGAUCCUGGGCGACACCCUGUAUUUUGCUGCUGCUCCCAAGGAAGAGGGUUGGAGUCAGCCAGAAAUGUGAACACCAGACCCCUCUUCACUUUGGCCUAGCCCCACUGCCCGCCCUUCCUUCCCUUCCACACUGUGAUGAGUGCAGCAGCUGGUGCAGCGCCCCUGGCCCCUGGUAGAGGCAAAGGGGUCAAGCUGAGCCCAGCCUCCCCCCCCCCACUUCGCUUCCUACUGCGCUUCUUCCUGUGGCCAUUUCCCCAAAGGAAGCUCCCCUCCCGGUCACUGCUCAGUGCUGAUGCCACCGUCACAGCCAGUGGGGCCACUUCCCAAAAGUGCUCUAUGAAAACAUGGGGGCUUUUCAGUGAACCUCCACAACUGCUUCCUUUCCCAAAGAGCUGAGGACAUAUUUUAAUGAGAAGCAAGAUAUCUUCUUUCUCCAGCUGAGAGGUUUCUAGCACCCAGCCAUGCAAAUUGAACUCUGCACCUGCUUCUUCCUGGGCCUUCUGCAAUCCAGCUUAAGUGCCACCAGAAGAUACUACUUGGGCGCAGUGCCCCUGACCUGGGACUACACACACAGCGAGCUGCUGGCUGAGCUGCAAGCAGACACCAGGUCUGCUGCUAGAACGCCAAGACUGCUUCCUGACAACACCUCAGCCAUGUAUACAAAGACUGUGUUUGUGGAGUUCACCGAUCACCUCUUCAGAGUCGCCAAGCCCAGGCCCCCCUGGAUGGGUCUGCUGGGCCCUACCAUCCGGGCUGAGGUUUCUGACACAGUGGUCAUCACACUGAAGAACAUGGCCCCCCACCCCGUCAGUCUGCAUGGCAUUGGCGUCUCAUUUUGGAAAGCUUCUGAAGGUGCUGAGUAUGAGGACCAGACCAGCCAGCAGGAGAAGACAGAUGGCAAAGUCAUGCCUGGGGCUAGCCACACCUAUGUCUGGCAGGUCCUGAAAGAGACCGGCCCAACAGCCUCGGCCUCAGAACCACCGUGUCUCACCUACUCCUACCUCUCUCACGUGGACCUAGUCAAAGACCUGAACUCGGGCCUCAUUGGAGCACUGCUGGUCUGCAGAGAAGGGACUCUGGCGGAAGAAAGCACACAGCCCACACGUGAAUUUGUACUACUCUUUGCUGUAUUUGAUGAAGGGAGAAGCUGGUACUCGGGAACAAAUGGCUCCUUGGUCCAGGAGCCCAAGGUGCACACAGUUAAUGGCUAUGCCAACAGGUCCCUGCCAGGGCUGACUGGCUGUCACCGGAAGUCAGUGUACUGGUAUGUGAUUGGAAUGGGUACUAGCCCGGAAGUGCACUCCAUCGUCCUGGAGGGCCACACAUUUCUAGUGAGGAACCAUCGCCUGGCAUCUUUAGAGAUUUCGCCGAUAACUUUCCUCACUGCUCAGACAGUCCUUAUGGAUCUUGGCCAGUUCCUACUGUUUUGUCAUAUCUCUUCCCACCAACACGAUGGUAUGGAAGCUUAUGUCAAAGUGGAGAGCUGCCCAGACAAACCCCAAGUGAGGAGGAAAACUACUGAGGAGGAGGAUUAUGAUGACAGUUACGAUUCGGACAUGGAUGUGGUCAGAUUUGACGACGACCCCUUGUCUCCAUCUCUCCAAAUGCGCUCUGUUGCCAAGAAGCGUCCUAAGACGUGGGUGCACUUCAUUGCUGCUGAAGAGGAGGACUGGGACUACGCCCCCACGCUGCUCUCCACCAAGGACAGUGGAAGUUACAAAAGUCUUUAUUUGAACAACGGUCCUCAGAGGAUUGGCAAGAAGUACAAAAAAGCUCGCUUUGUGGCAUACACAGAUGGGACGUUCGCAGCCCGCAAAGCCGUGCAGUCGGGAUCGGGAAUCCUGGGGCCCUUGCUAUAUGGAGAAGUGGGCGACACACUGCUGAUUAUAUUUAAGAACAAAGCCAGCCGGCCAUACAACAUUUACCCACAUGGAAUCACCGCUGUCAGUCCUUUGCACUCAGGGAGAUUGCCAAGAGGUGCGAAGCAUCUGAGAGAUCUGGCGAUUCUGCCAGGAGAGAUGUUCAAGUACAAGUGGACUGUGAUGGCAGAGGAUGGGCCCACCAAGUCAGACCCCCGCUGCCUGACCCGUUACUACUCAAGCUCCAUUGACCGGGAUAGAGACCUAGCUUCGGGGCUCAUUGGCCCUCUCCUCAUCUGCUACAAGGAGUCUGUAGACCAAAGGGGAAACCAGAUGAUGUCAGACAAGAGGAAUGUCAUCCUGUUCUCUGUGUUUGAUGAGAAUCGGAGCUGGUACCUCCCAGAGAACAUGCAGCGCUUCCUUCCCAGUGCAGACGGGGCACUGGCCCAGGACUCGGGGUUCCAGGCUUUCAACAUCAUGCACAGCAUCAACGGUUAUGUCUUUGACAGCUUGCAAUUCUCAGUGUGUCUGCAUGAGGUGGCCUACUGGUACAUUCUCAGUGUUGGAGCACAGACUGACUUCCUCUCGAUCUUCUUCUCUGGGUAUACCUUCAAACACAAACUGGUUUAUGAAGACACACUCACUUUGUUCCCGUUCUCAGGAGAAACCGUCUUCAUGUCAAUGGACAACCCAGGUCUGUGGGUUCUGGGGUGCCACAACUCGGACUUUCGGAACAGAGGCAUGACAGCCUUAGUGAAGGUUUCUAUUUGUGACCGAAACACUGAAAAUUACGAUGAGAAUGAAUAUGAAGCUAUCCCGGCCUCCUUUCUGACUGAAAACACUAUCAUUGCCCCCAGAAGCUUCUCCCAGAACUCAGGGCAAAAGCCUAGCACGAGGCAAAAGCAAUCCAACUUGAGCACCAGUCCAGAACAUGACAGAGAGAAGACUGGCCAGCAGUCACUCACAGUACCAAAUGUCUCCUCUAGGGAUUGGCUGAUGCUCUUGGGACAGGAUCCGACUCCACAAGCCCUAGCACAGCCUGGACUCCAGAAAGCCAUGCCUGUGACCACUGACCAGUCAUCUGGAGCCACAGACAGCACUGAGGAACUCAGGGAAGUACCACAUCUCGGACCAGAGCUGAGUCACGGCGCAGUCAGAGUCUCCACUCCCGAGCCACAGCUUCAGCUCAGUUUAAGUGAGAACUGGCAGGCUACUGGUGCAGUGGAGUUAAAGAGGCUUGAGUUACAACUCUCUAGUUCACAGAGCACUUCAAUAGCAUCACCAACAACCCCAGCAGGCAAGCUGGCAACAGGCACUGAAAAGAUGGGUUUCUCAAGAUCCCUAGAUGUGCCAGUCAACUCUAGUAGCCAGUCAAGCACCACUGUGUUUGACAAAGACUCAUCUAGCCUUGGUGGGCCUGGUGUGUCCUUGGGCUUGAGUGAGAGAGAUAAUGAUUCUGAGUUGUUAGAAACAGCUUUAAGGAACAACCAAGCAAGUUUACUGAAUGACAGUGCAUUAGUAGUGGGGAGUGAUUGGCUAACGAAAGAGAAAAUAGUUCAUGGACCUACUUCACUGGCCAGAUCUAAUGCGUCAGUCAACAGUGCUGAAUCCUUGGUACACAAGGCCUUGGUGAACUCAACAGUGAACAGAAAGUCUCCCACUGAAGGCCCAACAUUGGAGAACAGAACACUAGUCUGGGAAGAUGUCGGGGAAAACACUACUGAGUUUCAAGAGCUGGCUUCUUUGGUUAACAACAACACAUUUGUGGAUAAAUAUACCGCAGCUUUGGGACUAAUGUAUGUGUUAAAUGAAACAUCUUCACCCCAAAGUAUGGAAAUGGUUCACUCAAGGAAAGAGGGCCCAGUACUACAAGGUACAGAAACUGCGAAUAAGUCUUUCUUGAAGAUGCUCUUGCCAGAGUCAGAGAACUGGCUGAGAAGGACCCAGGACAGGAUCUCCAUGAGCUCUGAACAAGGGUCUGGUCCAAAGCAAUUCAUGUCUUUGGGGUCAGACACAUCUAGGUGGGCUUACAAUUCCCUAGCAGGGACAAAUAAGACAGUAGUGGCAGAGGGUGGGUUUGCAAAGGAUACAGGACUCCCAGAUGACAAGAGCAAAUUUCCUGCUCACUUGGGUAAUGGCCAAGUUGUUGCACACACUGAGGAGAAAGAGUCUUGGGAGGAGCUAGAAAGGGAGGAAAGAUCAGUCCAAGAGGACAUAGUGUUGCCUGGGACACAUGAAGUGACUGGAACUAAGUGUCGGCUGCAGAGCCUUUUCUUACUGAGCACUGGGCAAAGUCGACAUGCCUCAGGGACAGGGGCACACCCUAGCAGGCCAGUGACCAAUUCAGUGUCUCCCUCGGGCAGACCUACAGAUUUGAGCGGGAGUCCCCCACAGGACAGCUCUCCUCUGCUGUCAGGCUCAUCCUCCGGUCACACCUCCAAGGAGAGGAACGCUGCUAUCCAAGAAGAUAGUCAUCUCCUACCAAGAGUCAACAGAAGUCACCUUUCUUCAGCCAGCCUAACGAUGGACAUGAUGGGAGAUCAGGGAGAGACCAGCCCCCUGGGGCAGCCUGCCACGACCCCACUCACACACAAGAACCUCGAGCAAACUGAGCUCUUGAAAUCAGGCUUAUCAGUAGCAGCUGAGAAUAAAGUCCGCGUUCGUCAAGGAAGCCCUUUCCCCACGAACGCCAGUGCUGCUUCUGUUCAAAUGGGUCUCGUGCGAAAGAGCACUGUUCAGGAAGCAGAGGUCCCCGUAACGCUGAUUAAAGUUCCUACUCCUGGAGGAGAGCCCUUUCUGAGAUGGGUAACAAAAAGCUCUAGAAAGAGUCCCUCCAGUGUGCCACCUGCGCUGGCUUGGGAUAACCAGUAUACUGGCCAGGUGCCAGAAGGGUGGCUAUCCCAAGAGAGGUCUCAAGAAAGCAUCACUUUUACCACAAAGGACACCAUUCCACCCCUGGAGCCUUGUGAAAACCGCAAUUCCACAGCAGCGGUGAGCAAGGGUCAAGAGACACCCCAAAGAGAAGGCCACCGGGCAGAGCAAGAUGGGAUGGGACAAAUGCGCUUGCCAAGCCUGCCAGCCCCAAGUGGUCACCUAAGAGAAGCGAGCCCUCCGUCCCUGUGGCCAGACGAAGACAAGGUGGACUAUGAUGACGUCUUCUCAACUGAGUCCGAGAGGGAAGAUUUUGACAUCUACGGCGAAUAUGCAAACCAGGACCUGCGCAGCUUUCAAAAGAGAACAAAGAGAACGCGGCACUACUUCAUUGCGGCAGUGGAGCGGCUCUGGGACUUCGGCCUGAGCAGGGUCGGCGGUGCCGUGGACAGCAGAGCUCCGAGAGGAGGUGUCCCUCAGUUCAAGAAGGUGGUUUUCCAGGAAUUUACCGAUGGCUCCUUCACUCAGCAGCUGUACCGCGGGGAGCUCAAUGAACACUUGGGAAUCUUGGGGCCAUAUAUCAGGGCUGAGGUUGAAGAGAAUAUCAUGGUGACUUUCAGAAACCUGGCCUCUCGCCCCUACUCCUUCUAUUCUAGCCUCAUUUCCUAUGAGGAUGACCAGCAGCGAGGCACAGAGGCCAGGAGCGAGUCUGUAGAGCCCGACGAGACCAGGAUGUACUUCUGGAAGGUGCAGCACCACAUGGCACCCACAAAAGACGAGUUUGACUGCAAGGCCUGGGCUUACUUCUCCGACGUGGAUCUGGAGAAGGACAUGCACUCGGGCCUCAUCGGGCCCCUACUCAUCUGCCGCGAGGGCGUGCUCAGCCCUGCCCACGGGAGGCCGCUGACAGUGCAGGAGUUCGCUCUGCUCUUCACCAUCUUUGAUGAGACCAAGAGCUGGUACUUCCAGGAGAACGUGGAGAGAGCUGGCGGGACCCCCUGCAAGGCCCAGCUGGAGGACCCCACACUGGGAGGCAACUGCCGCUUCCAUGCAAUCAACGGCUACGUGAGGGAUGCCCUCCCCGGCUUGGUGCUGGCACAGGAGCAGAGAAGCCGCUGGUACCUGCUGAGCAUGGGCAGCAGCGCCGACAUCCACUCCAUCCACUUCAGCGGCCACGUGUUCACCAUGCGCAAGGAGGAUGGGCCUGGGCUGGCCAUGUGCAACCUCUACCCGGGCAUUUUCCAAACAGUGGAACUGCUACCAUCCAAAGCUGGGAUCUGGCGCAUAGAAUGCCUUAUCGGGGAGCACCUGCAGGCAGGGAUGAGUGCCCUUGUCCUGGUGUACACCAAGCAGUGUAAGACUCCUCUGGGCAUGGCAUCUGGACGCAUUCAAGACUUCCAGAUCACAGCUUCAGGACAGUAUGGCCAGUGGGCCCCAAAGCUGGCUAGACUUCACUAUUCUGGAGCAGUGAACGCCUGGAGCACCAAGGAGCCCUUUUCCUGGAUCAAGGUGGACCUUUUAGCACCAAUGAUCGUUCAUGGCAUCAUGACCCAGGGUGCCCGCCAGAAGCUCUCCAGCCUCUACAUCUCCCAGUUCAUCAUCAUGUACAGUCUUGAUGGAAAUAAGUGGCAGACUUACCGAGGGAAUUCCACCGGGACCUUAAUGGUCUUCUUUGGCAAUCUGGAUUCAUCUGCAAUCAAACACAAUGUUUUUGACCCUCCGAUUAUCGCUCGGUACAUCCGUUUGCACCCAACACAUUACAGCGUGCGCAGUACUCUCCGCAUGGAGUUGAUGGGCUGUGACUUAAACAGCUGCAGCAUGCCGCUGGGGAUGCAGAGCAACGCGAUCCAGGAUGCACAGGUUACUGCCUCGUCCUACUUACAUAGCGUCUUUGCCGCCUGGCCCCCUUCACAAGCCAGACUUCACCUGCAGGGGAGGAUGAAUGCCUGGAGACCCCAGGUGAGCAAUCUGAAGCAGUGGCUGCAGGUGGACUUGCAGAAGACAACGAGAGUCACAGGACUAGCCACCCAGGGCGUGAAGUCUCUCCUUGUCAGCAUGUACGUGAAGGAGUUUGUCGUCUCCAGCAGUCAAGACGGCCGCAGCUGGACUCUGUUUCCUCAGAAUGGCAGUGUAAAGGUGUUUCAAGGGAACCAGGAUGCCAGCACACCAGUGGUGAACACCCUGGACCCGCCUCUCCUCACCCGCUUCGUGCGGGUGCACCCACGAGCCUGGGCCCAGAACAUCGCCCUGCGCCUGGAGCUCCUGGGCUGUGUGGCCCAGCAGCCUUUCUGAGACCUUUUGCUCCCUCUUGAGCCUGCUUGUCCUGUUCCCGAAGCCAGGCCGGCACACAUCACCCAGAAGCGCAAGUCCUGACGUUGCCUCCUUGCCCAGGCUGCUCCGACAGUGGCUGGUCUUCACCUGGAAGCUUCUUCCCAGGAAACCCAGGCCUCUGACACUUACGGCUCCGCUCCCUCCCUGGUUGACAGACGAAAGAGGCGCAUGAUGGGAGCUUUGCAGAUUAGGCCUCAGGCAUUGAGAAUAAACCUCUCCUCGCUUAGAGUUUGUCACCCUCACUGGGUUCACAUCACCAAGAGAAAAGUCAAAAGGCAUGUCUCCUUACAGUCUGCAGAAGGGAUAGUAUGAAGGUACCAUUAAAAUCUGUGUUGCCCCCUUACAGACAGAUGCAAUGCUAUUCAUUGUUUGUCUUCAGGACCAUUGGGAUCUCAAACACUGACGCAUGGGGGUGGGAUUCAAGACCCCAGCUCUCUACACAGAAUCAUGCAACUGAGUGGCUUUAAAAGUUAGAUUUAGUAAAUUGGUCCAACCCCUGCAGAGAGCAGUCUGGAGAACUCUCACAAGGCUAGAAGUGAACCCACCCUAUGAUCCUGCAAUUCCUCUCCUAGGGAUAGAUCCUAAGGAACCAGACACACCCAUCCAAAAAGAUUUGUAUGCACCUAUGUUCAUAGCAGCAUGGUUUGUAAUAGCUGAAACCUGGAAGCAGCCCAGAUGUCCAACAACAGAUGAGUGACUGAGCAAGUUGUGGUCUGGAUACACAAUGGAACACUACUCAGCUAAUAACAAUGGUGACUUCACCAUUUUCAGCCCAUCUUGGAUGGAGCUUGAAGAGACCAUGUGAAGUGAAAUAAGUCAGAAACGGAAGGAUGAAUAUGGGAUGAUCUCACUCUCAGGCAGAAGUUGAAAAACAAGAUCAAAAGAGAAAAUGCUAAGCAGAACUUGGACUGGAGUUAGUGUAUUGCACCAAAGUAAAAGACUCUGGGGUGAGUGGGGUGGCGGAGUUCAGGUCCUGGAUGUGAAGGCAGAAGCCCUAGUGGGGUUGUAUUGUUAUGUGGAAAACUGUAAAUGUUAUGUAUGUACAAACUAUUGUAUUUACUGUCAACUCUAAAACAAUCCCCCAAUAAAGAAAAAAAAGUUAGAUUUAGAGUGAGGGAGACAGUAUAAUGGCUAUGCAAAUAGACCUUUCUACCUGAGGCUCCAAAAUCCUAGGCUCAAUCCCCUGCACCACCAUAAAGCAGAGCUGAGCAGGGCUCUGGUAAAUAAUAAUAAUAAGUUGUUCACUGUAGUCUCAGAAUGAUGUAGAAACCAAGCCAUUGGGUCUAGAUUGCAAUUACCAAGAAACACAAGGUUAGGAACCCGGAAGUUCUGGGAGACUUAAAACAAAACAGCAACAUGCCCUGGCAGUCUGUGCUGAGCAAGGAAGGCCAUAAUGACAGCAGGGUUUGUAAGAGCCCCUCAAGUGAAAGAGAACCCCCAGGACUAUCUGAGGUAAGAGGUGCUCUCUCAGCACUCGCUCCCUCAGCCAAGGUGUACUCAGCACAAUGAAGGAGCCCUACUGUGCCAUCCCAAGGGAGUCGCUACCCAGAAAAGUAUCUCCAAAUGCUCUCAGAACUAGUUCCUUUGCUUCCUGUUGCCCCCUCCAGAAUAACCCCAGCAAAGCCCAAAGGAAUGCCUGUGAAAGCCGUGUGUACACUGGAAACUGAAACAUGGCGCCGCAAGACCUUUACAAAUCUACUGGCCAGUGAACAGCAGGACAGAGACUGCAGAGAACCGUGCGCGCGCGGGUGAGUUAGGAAACCAGGUGAAGCGAACUCGGCCUGAAAGCUGACAUGAUUUAUUACCCCAAGUGAGCUGAAACGACUUGGGAAUGGAGCUUGGCCCGACGAAAUAGCUCCAGUGAGCAGUGGGCAAUGUGCUCUUCGUUAUGUACACAAUCCAGAUCAGCUUCAAUCCUGGCCACCACUGCACUGAAGGUCAGUGCUGUGGCCUCUCUCUUAUUUGAUAGGAGGGAGAGAUAGGGGAAAAGAAAGGUCAUGGAACAUCUCCCCUGCAGGUGGGGAGCCGAGGAUUCAAACCUGGGUCCUUGUGUGAGUCUUUGUGCACUUGUGUGCUGGGUCCACCACCACCCGGCCUCCAGCUCGCUCUCGCUCUCACUCCCUCAUUUCUUCCUUUCCUCUCUGUCUCUAUGUGAAAAAGAAGAAAAAUAAGUGAAACCUUCCUAUAUAUCCAAAGGACAUGGGUACACAGAUGUGAAGGGCCAUAAGCACGCCUGUGGUCGCAGUUGCGUUAUCACAAUGCCCGCCAACCCACGGCCGGCUAAAGAAGCUGCGGGGUAUCUAUUCCGUGGAACACGACUCUGCAAUAAGAAUAUGAUGCUAUCGUGCCCUUCGUGACAAAAUGAAAGGAACUUGAGGUGAUGACUCGCAGUGACAUAAGGAGCUGGAGCAUUGAAACACAUGAACUUCCAAAAAGAAAGAGGGAGACAGGUGAUGGUGCACCUGGUUGAGCACACACAUCUGUGUUCAAGGCCUCAGGUUCAAGUCCUUGGUCGCCACCUACUGGGAAAAAGAUUCACGAAUGGUUGAGCAGGGCUGCAGGUGUCUUUCUCUUUCCCCUCAAUUUCUCUCUGUUUCUAUCCAAUAAUAAAUAAAAAUAUAAUUUGAAAAGUAACCCAA